AUGUUGAGAGUAGCAGGGAGGAGGCUCUCAUAUUUACCAUGGAGGUCCUCGCAGACGACCUCCGCCUUCGUCUCUCGAAACAGUGCUUCCGGCAGCGAUGGUCGUGAUUAUGCCACCUCUUCCAGAUCCAUCCUCUCCCCUUAUCAUUUUUCCUUCACUCCAGAUCUAAUCAGAGGGUUUUCUUCUGGAGCCCUUACUCCGGGACAUGAUAUGGGUAUCAUCUCAGAUCUCCCAGCUACUGUAGCCGCUGUGAAGAACCCUAGCCCAAAGAUUGUCUACGACGAGCACAACCAUGAGCGUUAUCCACCUGGUGACCCCAGCAAGCGUGCUUUUGCUUAUUUUGUCUUGACAGGUGGCAGGUUUGUGUAUGCCUCUUUAAUUCGUCUUCUGAUCCUCAAGUUUGUUCUGAGCAUGUCUGCUAGCAAAGAUGUCCUUGCCAUGGCCUCCCUCGAGGUUGAUCUCUCUAGCAUUGAGCCUGGCUCUACUGUUACAGUCAAGUGGCGUGGAAAGCCAGUUUUCAUCAGGAGACGAACUGAAGAUGAUAUUAAGCUAGCGAACAGUGUUGAUAUUGCAUCCCUUCGUGAUCCACAGGAGGAUGCUGCCAGGGUUAAGGAUCCAGAAUGGCUUGUGGUGGUUGGGGUCUGUACUCACUUGGGGUGCAUUCCAUUACCUAAUGCUGGUGACUUUGGUGGCUGGUUUUGCCCAUGCCAUGGCUCUCACUAUGACAUCUCUGGCAGGAUUCGCAAGGGUCCAGCACCCUUUAAUUUAGAGGUCCCCACUUAUAGUUUCUUGGAGGAGAACAAGUUACUUAUUGGGUGA